AUGCGGAAUACCAGCAUUUCUCUUUGUGAUCGAGCUACUCCUGCUAUGAAAUCUCAUGCACGACAACAAAAAAACAUGUGGGCUAAUGAGAUUAGCAGAGAUAUUGGAACGAGAAUUCUUAUGUGUCAAAUAUCCAACUGGAGCCAAUUUAUUGCUACGAUAAUACCGAAAAAAGAAUCUAGUCAGGAAAAGUGUAAUCACGGACUGUAA